AUGGGUGAUCUCGAAAAGGAUCUCAAGACAGACCCACCGUGCCAUCCACGAGCAUGUGCUAUACAGAAUUGCAUACAACGUAACAGCUUCAAUGAGGCGAAAUGCAAGAAAGAGAUUGAUGCCUUGUACGAGUGCUGCAACGCCUUCUACAAGGAGAGAGGGGAAAACGCAAGCACAGUGAGCUGCCCAAAGUACUCGCUUCUCAUACUUAAAAUGAAGCAACGAGCUGAAGGACAGUAA